GUCCCUUCUAUGCAUGUUUAUUCCCUUUCCUUUCUCUUUCCUUUCCGCUGCUUCCAUCUACUUGAUUAUGCUCAUUAAUCAUGAUCCUUAAUCAAUUCAAUAUUUUAAUUAAUAAAAUAUUAGUAUCAUAUGGUAUUUGUUUAAAUUAAAUUAUUGUAUGAUCAUAAAGCUUGUGUAAUCCGCCUCUGCUUCCCUCUUUCUAGCGUAAUUUUAUCUCAUACAUGCCAAUCCGAUCCUUCGAACUUGGGUCGAAUCUUCAAAAACAAUCCAUUUCUUAGUUUUUAACCAACAUAGCUCGUCUUUAACCUUGAAUUCAGCUGGUUUCGGGUUCGGAUCCUAGGGUUUUACAGGUUUCUUCUCAAUUAUGGCUCAAGCGUCGGGGAGGGGUAGAACUGUUGGGGAUUACCUGGUAGGUAGGCAAAUCGGGUCGGGUUCUUUCUCGGUGGUGUGGCAUGGCAGGCACUGGAUUCAUGGUACCGAGGUGGCUAUAAAGGAGAUCGCUAUGAGUCGACUCAAUAAGAAGUUGCAGGAUAGUCUCAUGCAUGAGAUCUUUAUCUUGAAGAGGAUUAACCAUCCGAAUAUUAUUUGCUUGCACGAUAUUAUUCAGGUGCCAGGGAGAAUGCAUAUUGUGUUGGAGUAUUGCAAAGGGGGUGAUCUAUAUAUGUAUAUUCAAAGACAUGGGCGAGUCCCUGAAGCAAUUGCUAAGCACUUCAUGCAGCAACUAGCGGCUGGGCUGCAAAUACUUCGGGACAAUAAUCUUAUUCAUCGGGAUCUAAAACCACAGAAUCUCCUACUUUCAAGCAAUGACAGCAAUUCAGUUCUGAAAAUUGCUGAUUUUGGAUUUGCUAGAUCUCUGCAACCUAGAGGCCUUGCAGAAACCUUGUGUGGUUCACCCCUUUACAUGGCUCCAGAGAUAAUGCAGCUUCAGAAGUAUGACGCUAAGGCAGAUCUCUGGAGUGUUGGUGCCAUUUUAUUUCAGCUUGUGACAGGAAAAACCCCAUUUACUGGAAACAAUCAAAUAGAGUUGCUGCAAAACAUUAUGAAGUCAACUGAAUUGCAAUUUCCUUCAGAUAUUAAGGAUUUGAGUGCUGACUGCAAAGAUUUGUGCCAGAAAUUGUUGCGUCGUAAUCCAGUCGAACGGUUAACAUUUGAGGAGUUUUUUAAUCACCCAUUCCUUUCUCAGAGGAAAAUAGAUCAAUCUUUGGGGAAUAGGACAUUUUUAAGAUCAGUUGACAGUGUUCCAUUGUCUGAAAGCAUUUCUGCAAGGAAUACAGAGAACAUUUCUCCGGAGGACUAUCUGCCUUUCUUCCUGGAUGAUGAUUCGAGCGGUCCUGAGGGUAGCCCUUCCUUUUCUAAGAGGAAGCCUUCAAUGAAGUCCACCUAUGGAUUUUCUCUUGAUACACAAGUUGAUGGAAAGGAAGCAAAAUCUAAUGCUUUGAAUAACAAGGAUUUUACUCCCAGACAUUCUAGUCAUAACUUGGAAUUUACUAGUUUUAAGCCUGACAUUAAUAAAUUUUCCAAUGAAUAUCUACAUGAAGCUCCAAAAUCCAUGAACCAAAUGUCUAUGAAUUUACAAUCAAGAGCUGUGGAUUCAUUGGAGUUGAUAGAUCAAGAUUAUGUUCUUGUUUCUGGUCCCCCUUUGGAUGUGUCUUCUUCUUCUGGAAGUACUUCCAAACCUAGCCAUGUACCACACAAAUCACCAAGUCCUCCUGAAUCAUCAGGCAAUUUAAAUACUGUCUCCAUGCCAAUAAUUGGCACUGCUAACAGCCACAUUGGAAGCUUGGAGGACCCAGGCUCUGCUCCUGGGACUUCUCAAGGAUCCACGGAUAUUGGAGAUGUUUUGGAGCAGCCAUCAACUCAUUGUAUGAGUAGGAUUAAGUCAUUGCAGCAGUGUGCAUCUGCCAUCUCUGAAUUAGUACGUGAAAAGAUGGAGGUAGGUAGGCAACUGGAAGCAUUCUCGAUACAACUGGUUAUUCUUGCAAUUUGGAAGCAAGCACUUCAUAUUUGCCACACAGAGGCCGCCUCAGCUAUUGAAGGAAGUCCAAGCCAAGAGAGCCCAAGGUUGAGGCGAAGCAGCGACAAGAAACAUGGGACUCCUGAUACAGAAGACGGUGCUGAUGUUGGGCCAGAGAAUAUCUCCACUCAGAUUGAGAGGGAGUUUUUAAGGGAAGUUGAACAUGCUGAGGAACUCGCCAAGGCUAUUGAACCUGGAAAUAUCGAGAUGCCUGAUGCCAUGGAGACAAUAUUUCAAUCCGCCCUUGCUCUGGGAAAACUUGGAGGAGUUGCGGAGCUCAUGCGUGAAAUGGAAAGUGCAUCUUUCUUAUAUUCAAAAGCAGUACGCUUGUUUGUCUUCCUUCUUGCGGAAGCACCAUCCCUCAUUUUCAAUCCUCCAUUUUCUCUCACAAACUCAGAUCGAUAUAGACUCCGUACAUAUAUUCAUAUCCUUAAUAAUAGGCAGGGCCAUUCAGUCUCAAAGGAUGGCACUUCUCAAUGCGAUGAAUAACAAUGUCCUCCCUAGGAUAUUAAAGUUUUUACACUGUUACCUAUUGUCUUGAUUACGUUUGCCAUGUAAAAUUGUUUCUUUGUACAGCUAUUCUUUUAGAUUCUGGGAUUGGGAUAUUGUCAUAGGUCAACCUGUGUAUUUAGGGGAGGGUGUUGUAAUAUUCUCAUUUAAUGUGAUUCAGGGAACGAUGGCCUUAAAAAAAAAAAAGGAUGGAUGAAAGAAAGAUCUGAAGAACGAAGCAAUGUGCAUAAGUUUUGCAUUGGAUAA